AAAUACUAUUGCUGAUGAAAUCUGGAAUUCUCUUCGAAAACUGGCAAAUUCUAAAGGGAAUGUUAUAUCAUUCGAAAGAUUAAUUGAUGGGGCGCUGGAAAAAGAAUACGAAAAUGUACCUGAUGUUCUUAGUCGAUUCCGAAAUAGAGAUACCAAAAAUAUUGAUGCCAAAAAAAGCUGGAUCUCGAAAGUGUAUUUUUGGUCAAACAAAAAUCAUGAAAUAGAAAAGGAAAUCACGAAAAUCGAGGAAGUACUUGGAGGACUUGGGCAAGUCAUAUUGAAGGAAAAAAAUAUGGAUCAUUUUGAGACUUGGAUGGUACGUGAAUUGAAAAAAAAAGUAAGUGACACAAUAACAGAUCAUAAGUCUAAGUUCAAUCGGAAAGAUAAAGAUUUACCUUUUACUAAAUGGGACGCUCACUUGUUUGCCCUGGGGAAAUUUUACGAAGAAAUGGAAAAAGUUCAAGAGGAAUGGGACAAAAGAAAUAAACCACUUUUGAUACUUGAACAAAAGCAACAUAAAUACAAAGACUUGAUUAAUCAUCGACUUUUACAUGGUUUCUCAUUUGCUUCCGAAGGAAAAAUUAUUGCUAAAUGUCUGCUUCAAGCGAUCAAACAGAAAGCAAUGAACGCAGGAACUUAUGAAAGAAAACAAGCGGUACUUAAUUUGAGUUGGACGACGGACAGUAAGCUAGUGCGGCUCAAGUACUUUGAAAAAUUGGCUAAGGAGGUUCAAAAUGGAGAAUUUGUUAAUGCAGUCGAAUACUUCAUGCAUCCUAAAUACCAUAUAGAAACAUGGUUUAAACAGAUUGUUGAUGAAAAUCCAAAUAAAGCGCAAAGCGUAUACGAAAAAACUCUUGAAGCCGAAUCUGAACAGGUCAUUCUCAAAGUUGGUAAUUGUCAAAAUAUUGAGGAAAUUAAAAAUUUUGUUAAACACUAUUUGGCUCAAGUUGAAGGCGUUGAAUACAAAAUGGAUCAAAAUAUUAGUGAAAUGAGUGAGACGAGUGAGGCGGACUUCGAGAUGCUAUAUACUAGUUUGGUAAAAGGGCUGAAAGAUGAAGAUAAAUGGAAUAAAGUUAAAUCUAAUUCUGUAACAUUUUGCGAGCCGUCUAAAGAUGAUAAUGUAAUGAAAAGACUUGGAUGUACGGAAAACUGUUUUUGGUGUGGGGCUCUAUGUUGGGGAGGUCGCGGUCACGAUGAAAAUGAAUGCGAUACAAAAAGGCAUCAUACAUGUCAUCAGUCGCGUGGCCUAAUUGGAACACAUAAUAAAAAGAGCAAGCAUUUAAUUGCGAGACCAUGCCAUAAUACCCUUGAUGAUACUUUGGUUACAUUUGGAAAUCAUGAGGAUAUAAAAUGGAGCGAGGCAAAGAACAAACAUUUUAAUGAUUGGUUGUUCACUAGACAUUGCGACACCCAAUUCAAUAAUCUGAUGUGUUGGUUCUUUGAAAAAUUGCACAAGAAACUAGCAGAAAAAUAUGAGCUUAAGCCAGCAUUAGAAGAUGAUUUGCAAAAGAACAAUUGCGUAAACUUAGAUUAUCAACGAAUUUUGUCCAAGCUCCAGUUAGAACUCGGUAAAAACUGA